UUGCUGUCUGAACGCUCUUCUAUAGUUUUUGGCUUUGCAUGGUGACGGUUUGGUCGCCUCGUAUUUAGGAUAGGGAAGAUGUCGCUAUUCACCAAGUAUGUGGAGCUGGGGCGGGUGGUUGACAUCACCCGCGGCAAGUGCAAGGGGCACCAGGGCGUCAUCGUGAACAUCAUUGACUGCAACAGGCUGCUGGUGGAUGGCCCUGGUAUGGUGCGUCAGGAGAUCAAGCUCAAGGAUGCUCGUCUCACAAAGUUCAAGCUGAAGAUUAAGCUUGAGAUGCCUGCUAAGACCCUGAAGAAACUAUGGGAGAAAGCUCAUAUUGACUUCAGAUUCAAGCGUCUGCCUUAUGUCAAGCGUGCGGCAAAAUUCGAACGACGCUCCAAAAUCACGGACUACAAUGCAUUCAAGGUUGCAGAAGCCAGCCGCCGGUGCAGCAACAUCGUGUAUUCUUCGUUCCGCAACCUGCGCAACAAGUACCCACGUAUGUUGCAGAAGCUCAAGGCCAGGAGGGACCUUGACACCGCCGUCGCCCUCGGCUACGUCAAGCGCAAGACUCUUACUCCUGAACAGAAGAAGGAGCGUGAGGCUGCUAAAAACGCCCGACACAAGAAUGCCAUUGUCAAGAGGCGUGAGCUUAAGAAGAAGUUGCUCGAGCGAAAGAACAAGAGGAAGGAGGUUCGUAAGGCUCGUUUGGCCAAGCGAGCUGCUGCUGGUACACUGAAAAAGAGGGAGUUCGUGCCUAAGGAGAAGAGGAAGAUAAGCAAGAGCAAGCCCAAGCCAGACCCCAAGCCUUCUCGUGAACGUCUUCGAAGACAGCGACGUGACGCCACUCUCAAGGCCAGGGCUGAGCACAGGAAGAAGGCUGAGCAGAAGCGCCAGGACCGCGCCAAGGCCAAGAAAGAGAAGAAGGCUGCAGCCUAAAUGCCUAAUAAAUCUCGGGCGGAA